AUGCAUGGGGACACGGCUCUGUGGCCGCAGCCGCAGGGUCCUGGAGAGGGGCCAGCCCGCGGGGAGGACGCACGCCGGGCUUGGUCCCGGACCGCCGCCUCUGGAGCCGUGAGAGAGGACACGGCUGGGGUGCUCCCCGGACGUGGCAGGGACGGAGUUGGGGGGGGACCGCCUUCGGACGGCGGCACGCCUCCCGAGUCAUCCCAGACGGGGCCACACCGGCUCUCCCAGGACGGGGACAUGCAAGGAGGAGGGGAGAGGCGGGGGCACCUGGGCAGCAGGUGGGGGCCACGGCGCUGUGCCCCCUCCCUGCACCCGCUCCGCAUCUACCCGCUAACCUGUGCGCAGGCCGCCAGGGACCCGGCCGCCUUCUGCCUGAGCAAGUAUUCUGCAUGGAGGCUGCAGGAGGGCGGCCCGGGGGGACUGGGGGGCCCCGGCUCUUCUUCCAUCCGGGGAGCACACUCCUUCUCGGGGCCAGGGCAUCGGCGAGUCAAGGCUGGGCCUGAGAACACGCUGCGUACACACGCGUUCCGAGAGCAGGGAGAAGACAGAACAGGCGUGCCCGCUUCUGCUGCCGCGGUGUCCUUCCCACCCGAGAGGAAGGGAGGGCACCAUGGACGCCCGGACCCCUGGGCCAUGGCAGGCACCGGGGGCAGUGUGGGAGCUGGCCUCGUCAGCGCCAGCUCGGGCUCUCAACCCCCAAAUGCCUCUGCAAGUCACAGCAAGGUUCAGCGCCGGGAUACUAAGGCCAAGAGAGGACUGGGGAGUGUGGACUGGCGAGAGAGGGGCCGGGUGGAGGGGGGAGACCCUGGGUCCUUUCCCCCAAGCGGCUCCGGAGACCCCAAGCAGCAAAGCCUGGCUCGGGGAGGGCCCUCUGAAGGCCCGCGAGGACCCCGAGGCCUCCUCGAGCGCUUGACCCGAUCGAGGCUCUCCUUUUCCGGCCGGAGGGUCCUCUCGAGCCGGGGCGCUCCCGCCCCCCACCCCGCCACUGGCCGGGGGGGCCCCUCAUCCCGGCCCCCGCCCCCCGCGCGCCCCGCGAGUCCCGGUCGCCCCGCGCCCGCCGGGCGGAGGGGAAAAGUCGGCGAGCGUGCGGCGCCCGCGGGGGAAAGCGUUAAUGGGCGGCCGGGUGGGAGCCGCGCGCUCGCUCGCCCACGUCACGCCGGUGCGGGCUCGGCUGACGACCGCGGCGCCUGGGGACGCCGGCGCGCUCCGCUCGCUCGCCAGGUGCUCCGCCUGGAAAUGUCUCCAUUAGUUGUCGCCCGCUCCCCGCCGGAGCGCGCGCGCCGAGCGGCCGCGCGGAGCCCUCGCGGGCGGCCGGCAGUGGCCCGGCGCCACCGCAGACCCCUCCCCCCAGCCGGGGAGGCGGAGGCUCCGCGCGGCCGCCGAGGGGCGCGGGCGGCGGCGGCGGCGGCGACUCCCCGGUGCGUCCCGGGCUGCGCGCUGCUCUCCGCGGCCCCGGCGCCCGAGCGGCGCGGCCGGGCGGGCGCGUCCCCGGCGCAGGUAGGGAGUGGGCCCGGCCGCGCAAACUUUGCAAGGAUCGCUCCUGCGCUGGGGGCGCAAAGUUUGCUGCCCGCCGGUGGGGUCUCUGGAGGCGGCCGCGUCGGCCGCAAGUGGAGAGAAAACGGGGGCGGGGGCGGCUUGGAGCACGGGGGCCUCGCGGAGCCGAGGGUCUGCGCUGGGACGCCCGGCUGCCAGCCUUCCCGGCUCGGGCGGCGCCCUGGGAGCCAGCGGCGGGGCCGCGGUGGGAAAGCGGGAGGGAACGGGCCGGAGUGCCGGGCGUUUCGCGAGGAGGACUCAUCCCGCGCGCCGGCAGCUCGCCCCGGGCUUCGGGCUUCGCGGAAGACCCCAGAGGAGCGGCUGCGAAAGAGCGACCCGCCAGGCUCGGGGUUCGCGAGUGGGGCUUCGGGACACCUAGAACCCCAGAACCCCACACACCGCCGGGUGUCCACGAGCGGUGGGCGGCACGCGCGCCCCCAGGGCUGGGCCCGGCGCCUGAGAGAGGAAGGCCCUACCCUGGGCUGCGAGCCCCCGCCCCAGCCUCCCGCCUCGGGUCAACUUCUCAGGGCUGGAGCGGACCCCUCACCCCCGCGCCGCGCCCGCGCGACUCUCGGGGCAGGGGAGCGGAGGCCUCCGGGGACGACUCUGGGGACCGGUCAGACCUCGGGGGCUCAGCUGGUCUCAGGGGUGAAACCCUGCCGAGAGCAGAGGAGGGUCAGGACCCGGCCUCUCUCCCCAGGGCCCCCCGUGGUUCCGACGGCCGACAGCACCCCUGGGCAACAAGGGAGCGCCAAGGACCUCUAG